AUGGGACUUCAAUCCUUCACUGUCAAGCUCUCUCUAUUUUCCAUCCUCAAACCCCUCUGUAAAACCCCCAAAUUUCAACCAACCCUAUUUCACCCGUCAUGCCACAGUUUCCAUCACCACCACUACAGCGGUCGGCUGCCGCUUCUCCGACGAGCGCUUUCUUCAACCGCCGCCGCCACUCUUCAUCCCACUAUUACCACCGCCGGCUCCGUCACCGAUAUCACCGAUGAAACAAAGGCUGUGAAGGCGCCUCAAUGGAAAGCGGCCAUAGAUUUCAAGUGGAUUAGGGAUAACAAGGACGCAGUUGCCGCCAACAUCAGGAACCGCAACUCCAAUGCUAAUCUUGGCCUUGUUCUUCAGAUUUAUGAUAAAUUAAUGAAUCUUCAGAAGGAAGUUGAAAAGCUACGUGCGGAGAGAAAUGCCGUUGCGAACAAGAUGAAGGGUAAACUUGAACCAGAUGAGCGGCAUACACUCAUUGAAGAAGGUAAGAUUCUCAAGGAUAAGCUUGUUACCCUUGAAGACGACUUACUCAAACUGACAGAUAAACUCCAGCAGGAAGCACAAUCUGUGCCAAAUAUGACUCAUCCAGAUGCUCCUGUUGGUGGGGAAUUUUGUUCUGCUGUGAGAAAACAGUUUGGUAAACCCAGAGAGUUUAGCUUUUCAAUAAAGGAUCAUGUCCAGCUUGGGAAGGAUCUGGAUCUGUUCGAUUUUGAUGCUGCUGCAGAGGUUAGCGGGUCCAAAUUCUAUUACUUGAAAAAUGAAGCAGUUAUGUUAGAGCUGGCCCUUGUAAACUGGGCUGUCUCGGAGGUAAUGAAAAGGGGCUUUGUACCACUUACUACGCCAGAAAUCGUGCGAUCUUCUGUGGUGGAAAAAUGUGGUUUUCAACCACGCGGAACCAACACUCAGGUGUAUUCCAUUGAUGGCAGUGAUCAAUGCCUCAUUGGUACAGCUGAGGUUCCAGUAGGAGGAAUCCAUAUGGACUCCAUUCUUGAUGACUCAUCACUGCCUCUGAAAUAUGUAGCUUUUUCCCAUUGCUUUCGAACAGAAGUUGGUGCGGCUGGCGCUGCAACUAGGGGGCUUUAUCGAGUUCACCAAUUUAGCAAGGUGGAGAUGUUCGUCUUAUGUAGACCAGAGGAAAGUGAUUCCUUCCAUGAAGAACUUAUUAAAAUUGAAGAAGAUCUCUUUUCGUCAUUGGGGCUUCAUUUUAAAACUAUGGACAUGGCGACAGAGGAUUUAGGUGCGCCAGCUUAUCGUAAAUUUGACGUGGAGGCCUGGAUGCCCGGUUUGGGAAGAUAUGGUGAGGUAUGGUACUAG